AUGCCUCCGAAGAAGAAUGCGGAUACUGCGUCCGCGAAACCAGCAGCUAAGGCUUCCGCGGCCAAUACCUCUACCAAAUCCGCGCCCAAGUCCGCAUCGAAGCCUGCUGCGACAGGCCGCGGACGCCCCAAGAAGACGGACACUGAAUCGGCACCCAAGAGCUCAGUGAAGAAGGAAGUGAAGGACACGAAGAAGGCGGCAAAGAAGGAGACUGCUGAGAAGCCGAAGACGACUGUUGAGCAGCCGAAAAAGACCAAGACCGUGGCCACGACGAUGUCUACAAGCGCGUCGAAGAAGCGCAAGGCGGAUGAGGAUGACGAGAAGCCUCGCGAGCCCAAGAAACCCCGCGUCAUCCGUGAGGCCAAGUCCAAGGUGGUCAAGCCGAAGGCCGCCGCUCCCAAGGUUGUCAUUAAUGAAGUGCCCACGACUCGCCUGAACGUGUUUGUCUGCGGCGAAGGCAGCUCCGGCGAGCUGGGACUGGGAGCCGCCAAAAAUGCCAUCGAUGUGAAGCGGCCGCGCUUGAAUAAAUUCCUGGACGCGCAGGAAGUGGGUGUGGUGCAGGUUGCAGUGGGUGGCAUGCACUGUGUGGCCUUGACCCACGACAACAAAAUCUUCACCUGGGGUGUCAAUGAUCAAGGCGCGCUGGGGCGCGACACUGCCUGGGAUGGUGGAUACAAGGAUAUUGAUGACGCUGCCAACAGCGACUCGGAUUCGGACGAUGAGGACAGUGGGUUGAAUCCCAAUGAGUCCACUCCCACUGCGAUUCCUGCGAACGCAUUCCCCAAAGGAACUGUCUUUGCCGCCGUCGCCGCUGCCGACAGCGCGAGCUUUGCUCUGACAAAUGAUGGCUUGGUCUAUGGCUGGGGCACCUUCCGGAGCAACGAUGGCAUCUUAGGCUUCGAUCCGGAGCACCGCGUUCAAACCACUCCUCUCCUCAUUCCCUCCCUGAAAAAGAUCAAGCAGCUGGCUUGCGGUGCCAACCACGUCCUCGCCCUGAACGACAAGGGUAGCGUGUUCUCCUGGGGCUCGGGCCAGCAGAACCAGCUCGGUCGCCGCAUCGUUGAGCGCAACAAACUUCACGGGCUGCAGCCUCGCGAAUUCGGGCUGCGCAAGAACAUCGUGCAUAUAGGCUCUGGCUCUUACCACUCCUUCGCGGUUCACGCGUCGGGUAAGGUCUUCGCGUGGGGUUUGAACAGUUUCGGUGCGACUGGUAUCCGAGACAAUGCUGGUGACGAUGAAGCCGCCAUUUCUCACCCGGUCGAGGUCGACUCCCUCUCGGGCCGGAACAUCACUCAGCUUUGCGGCGGCUCUCACCACUCUAUUGCCCGCACUGCCGAUGGCCAAUGCUUGGUCUGGGGCCGUGUGGAUGGCUACCAGACCGGCCUGAAGGUGGACUCUCUCCCGGAGGAUUCGAUUAUCAAGGAUGAACGUGGACGCCCCCGAAUCCUCAUCGAGCCCACCCCGGUUCCGGGCAUCAACGCCGUCGUGGUUGCCGCCGCUUCGGACCACUCGCUUGUCAUUGAUGCGGACGGUCGUGCUUGGUCUUGGGGCUUCUCAGCCACUUACCAGACCGGACAGGGCACUCAGGAUGACAUCGAAGUUGCCACGAAGAUUGACAACACCGCUACUCGUGACCGAAAGCUCAACUGGGCGGGCGCGGGUGGCCAAUUCUCUGUUUUCACCGAUGCGGCGAGCGUGUAG